CGUGCACUGGACGUCAUCGCUCACUCACUCACAUCAGCGCAGCCGUUAGAUUUAAAUUCAUGGGCAUUUUAACUCCAUCAUUCUCACCGUACCCGUUAUUGUUCUAUUGACAGCAUUCUGCCGGUGAACGUAACAUGAUGGUAAAUGCGUGGCUGUUUUGAAAGGAGUCGUCGCAGCAAGUUGAUCGCAAAGGACUUGGGGAUUUGUAGUUUAAUAGAGCCGGUCAGACGUCGGCGCAACCGAGCAGAGGAACGCCAUCUCCCAGCAGCCAGUGCUCGCCGAGCGUUGCUGCGGCUAUCGCCGAGUCAAUCAGUAUGUUGGUGAAAGGCAUGAAUGUCACUGGCAUAUUCUAACAUAUCGCAGUAGUAUGCGCGGAAGUAGCGUCUAGAAGUGAUGUUUGGCCGUUCGAGGAGCUGGGUCGGUGGGAGCUCGGGGAAGUCCCCCAGAAACAUUCAUUCCUUGGAACAUCUGAAGUACAUGUACCAUGUCUUAACAAAGAACACGACUGUAACAGAGAGUAAUCGCAAUCUGCUGGUGGAAACAAUUCGAUCUAUUACAGAAAUCCUCAUCUGGGGAGAUCAAAAUGACAGCUCUGUCUUUGACUUUUUCUUGGAGAAAAACAUGUUUGUUUUCUUCUUAAAUAUCCUGCGCCAGAAAUCCGGUCGCUUUGUGUGUGUACAGCUACUUCAGACGAUCAAUAUCCUGUUUGAAAAUAUUAGCCACGAAACCUCACUGUAUUACCUGCUAUCUAAUAAUCACGUAAAUUCUAUUAUUGUGCACAAGUUUGACUUCUCUGAUGAGGAAAUCAUGGCAUAUUAUAUUUCUUUUUUGAAAACCCUUUCUCUUAAACUCAACAAUCAUACUGUGCACUUUUUUUACAAUGAGCACACUAAUGACUUUGCCCUGUACACGGAGGCAAUUAAAUUUUUCAACCACCCAGAGAGCAUGGUCAGAAUUGCUGUCAGAACAAUCACCCUUAAUGUGUAUAAAGUGUCAUUGGAUAACCAGCUUAUGUUGCACUACAUCAGGGACAAAACAGCAGUUCCCUAUUUCUCCAAUUUGGUUUGGUUUAUUGGAAGCCAUGUGAUUGAAUUGGACAACUGUGUGCAAACAGAUGAAGAGCAUAUGAAUAGAGGCAAACUGAGUGACCUGGUCGCUGAACAUUUGGACCACCUGCAUUACCUGAAUGAUAUCCUGACCAUUAAUUGUGAAUUCCUGAAUGAUGUGCUAGCAGACCAUCUACUAAACAGACUUUUUCUGCCAUUAUACGUCUACUCUCUGGUGACUCAUGAACAGUGUGGUGAUCGUCCAAAGAUCAGCCGUCAAGCUUCAUUAUAUCUCCUUUCACAGGUGUUUUUAAUUAUACACUUUAGGCCAUUGGUGAAUUCUUUGGCUGAAGUUAUCUUGAAUGGGGACCUUUCAAUGUUUGGCUUUCAUUCAGAGCAGGAAGCUUUGAAACACUCAAUGUCCGCAAGUAUUCGAUGUUUCACCAAACCUGUGGAAACGUUGGAAAGAUCUCUUGAGAUUAGUCGACACAAGGGGAGAAAGAGAGUGCAGAAAAGGCCAAACUAUAAAAAUGUGGGUGAAGAAGACGAAGAGGAGAAGGGGAUAGACGACAAGGAAGAUGACACUGAAAGGCUGAAAGAAAUUGAAAUGGUUAUUAUGGAGCGAUGCAAGAUAUCGGGCUCCCAGAUUUCAGGCUUGAUGGAGCAGAAUACCACAGAUGAGGAGAAAACUGCUGCUGCUGCAAGGACUAACAAUCCAAGAAGAAGACCCUUCCUAGAUCUGGUGUAUAAAGCACUGGAGUGCUUUGAGGAAGAUUAUUAUGCACUAUUUGUGCUGUGUCUUCUCUUUGCAAUAUCUCACAACACAGGUGUAGACUCAGACCUGUUGGAAAAGAUUCAAAUUCCUCCAGAGAAUGCCAAGGAGAAGAGCUCAUAUAGCCAUGUACUGGCAGAAAGACUCAUUAAGAUAAUGAACCAAUCAACACGUUCUGAUGCAAAAAUUCGCUUGGCGACGUUGGAACUUGCUUGUCUCUUACUAAGACAGCUUGUGCUUUCAGAUGGUACCUGCAUUAUUAAAGAUGUGCAUCUUGCCUGUCAUGAGGGUGCAAGGGAAGAAAGUGUUCACUUGUUGCGACGUUUCUACAAGGGAGAAGACAUUUUUCUUGAUAUGUUUGAGGAUGAAUAUAGAGUCAUGAUGAGUAAACCCCUGAAUGUUGAGUAUUUGAUGAUGGAUGCAUCUAUCCUGUUGCCUCCCACUGGAACCCCACUAACUGGUAUAGACUUUGUGAAGAGGUUGCCGUGUGGUGAUGUGGAGAAAACGAGACGGGCUAUUCGAGUUUUCUUAAUGCUUCGUUCUUUAUCCCUACAACUCCAAGGUGAGCCAGAGACACAACUGCCUCUGACACGGGAGGAGGAUCUGAUUAAAACAGAUGACGUAUUAGAUCUAAACCAGACAAGACCCUUCCUAGAUCUGGUGUAUAAAGCACUGGAGUGCUUUGAGGAAGAUUAUUAUGCACUAUUUGUGCUGUGUCUUCUCUUUGCAAUAUCUCACAACACAGGUGUAGACUCAGACCUGUUGGAAAAGAUUCAAAUUCCUCCAGAGAAUGCCAAGGAGAAGAGCUCAUAUAGCCAUGUACUGGCAGAAAGACUCAUUAAGAUAAUGAACCAAUCAACACGUUCUGAUGCAAAAAUUCGCUUGGCGACGUUGGAACUUGCUUGUCUCUUACUAAGACAGCUUGUGCUUUCAGAUGGUACCUGCAUUAUUAAAGAUGUGCAUCUUGCCUGUCAUGAGGGUGCAAGGGAAGAAAGUGUUCACUUGUUGCGACGUUUCUACAAGGGAGAAGACAUUUUUCUUGAUAUGUUUGAGGAUGAAUAUAGAGUCAUGAUGAGUAAACCCCUGAAUGUUGAGUAUUUGAUGAUGGAUGCAUCUAUCCUGUUGCCUCCCACUGGAACCCCACUAACUGGUAUAGACUUUGUGAAGAGGUUGCCGUGUGGUGAUGUGGAGAAAACGAGACGGGCUAUUCGAGUUUUCUUAAUGCUUCGUUCUUUAUCCCUACAACUCCAAGGUGAGCCAGAGACACAACUGCCUCUGACACGGGAGGAGGAUCUGAUUAAAACAGAUGACGUAUUAGAUCUAAAUAACAGUGAUCUAAUUGCUUGCACUGUUGUUUCGAAAGACAUCGGUCAAGUACAUCGGUUCUUGGCUGUAGAUGUUUAUCAAAUGAGCCUGGUGGAGCCUGAAAACAAACGGCUUGGAUGGGGAGUGGUAAAAUUUGCAGGUUUGCUUCAGGAUAUGCAGGUGAUGGGAGUUGAAGAUGACAGCAGGGCUUUAAACAUAAUCAUCCAUAAGCCUGCAUCCAACCCUCAUGCAAGACCCUUCCCAAUUCUCCAGGCAACGUUUAUCUUUGCUGAUCAUAUCCGCUGUAUCAUCGCAAAGCAGCGAUUAGCAAAGGGGCGCAUUCAAGCGCGACGUAUGAAGAUGCAACGAAUAGCAGUACUAUUGGAUCUUCCUGUGCAAACAUCCUCAGAAGUUAUGGGUUUUGGACAUGGCUCACCUUCUUCAGCCCAUCAUCUUCCUUUUAGGUUCUAUGACCAGUCUCGCCGAGGUGUCAGUGAUCCUACAGUUCAACGCUCAGUGUUUGCAUCGGUUGAUAAGGUUCCAGGUCUGGAAUCUACACUGAAAUCAACGAUGUUUGAAAUCCUGUACAAAGCCAGACCUGGGUUUGCAGUGGCACAGCACAUAAACCAGCAGAGUCCCUCUCCAGCUUCAUCCCCUUCCCCACCCUCUAGUGGCACCAUAACAACAAGCACUGGCUACAGCGAUACCAUCACCACCAGUGUAGCUUCCACUCCCUCAGCAACUCAGAGCCCCACAGAUGGACCUGAACUUCAAGAGCAGUCCCAUUUGACUUUUCCUGACCAGGUGGAAUUUGUCAAUGAAUCCCAUUCUUCACCUCCUACAGCAGAGGGUGGCUCGAGUUGUUACCAUCUGCCCAGCAGUACUGAGCCAGAAGCUGCUAAUCUGGCACCAAGUCUGACUCCAGCCCAUCAGCCAAAUAUAUCGCUUAUUUCUGAUGACAACACAGAUGCAUUGAGCGUGGAGUCACUAACGCUGCUGCCACCAGCUGAUGCACAGCAUAUCCGGAGUGUGAGCACUUUAAGCCAGACAUCCGCAUUAUCUGAGUCGAAUGGGAUGAUAGAAAAUGAGAACAAUAAUCGGCAAUCUGAAGUAUCUGAGUCAAUGCAUGGAAGGCACCAUAACGUUUGAAACAUCUGGGUUUGUGCGGUGAAUCAGGUCUGAACAGCAAGGAAAUUAAACCUUUAGUCCAAACACAGAUGAAAAAGAAAAGCCUGUUACUCUGUGAAGCCCACAAAUUGCUUGUAAGUUCCGCUGGAUUCUGGAAGUGGGGAACCUUGCACAUAAGUUAGUCUGCAGUUCCAGCUUUCCAGCUGAAGAACAUACUUUAUGUACAGCUUUUCAUACUAAUCCCAUGCAUCAGUCCAGCUUGUCACUGACUAGGACUGAGUAGGUCAGACCUUGGUUUUAUCUGCCCUUUUCAAGGGAUUUCAGCAAAAUAUGUACAGCAGAGGUGUGUCAGUUUUUCAGCCAUGUAUGUUAUAUUACUGAUUACACCCAACUGAAUUCAUUUGAUGGAACGUUGCAAAUUUAACUUUAUUUUAUUAAUUAACCCAAUAUAAAAUACAAAAUUUGCUAAUUAUGAAAGGAACAUUAAAUAAAACCACAAAUCCAGCACCAAUCUAAAAUUAGAUGCACCAAAUAGAUCUGAUCUGCACAUUGUUAUUAAUUCAAACAGAUCUCAAACAAAUUUCAUAAAUUGCAUUUACAUAUUUGCAGUGCUUUCAUUUUUUUAAAUUUUUUUUUGCUGUGUUAAAAACCUGUAAACAAAUUUUAUUAAAUAUAAAUGACUUCCACAAGAUGAUACGGAAUGGGAAUCCAGUUUUAAUAUUUGGCUCAAGUGCUGGCUACCUUAGAAGUUCUCGAUUUAAUGAAUUUGCUGGUUAUUUAUUCCAUUAAUUUAUGAAUCUGCUCUGACAGCUAGAUAAUAUGUACAUUUUGGAAAUUGCAUAAGGAAGCCAAUUCAACCCAGCACUAUAUAUUCUGCACGUAAGUAUUUUAACGCAUGAUAGAUAAAACGGGCAUAGGAAUAGCACCGAGGGAAAGACAGGCAUCUCAGAGAAGGAAAAUGUGAGGGUGUCUGCCUUCUGUUGUGUACUUGGUUUGGUCACGCAUUUUACAUUUAUUUUUCAAUUUAUGAGGGCCUCUUAACCAUGGAUGGGGUGAGAGAUAGAAUAAAUUGGGAAAUGUUUAUUGAUGAAAUCAAAGCCAUCCACAUCACUAAUGGCAGCACAUGGAAAGUAAUAGUUUGUAAUUAUAGUGUGUUUUUCCAGACAUCCUCAGAAACUUGGACUUUUGAAUUAAUUUAUAAAAUGUAUUAUUAACCUGUCUACACUUAGCGUCUCACUAAUCCUUUCGGUUGGCAAAUGCACACAGUUUAUUCCUCCCAUUGACAACCAAUUGGCUUCUGCACAGUUUCUUCAGUAACAUCUGCUCCAUUUGUAUUUCAAUAUAGAUCUGGAGGAGAAGUAAAGUCACAUUAUCAGAACUUAAAAAAGUUGACUAUAAAAUAGUGGUUUCUUUGUCUGUUGGGUCUGACUUUGUUACAUGACUUACCAUUUUGAUAUGACAAAACCAAAGUAAAAAGCAGUAUGUCUAAAGCACUUCUCACUUACAGUAGGUGGAACAAAAUAGGCAAACUGGAAAAGCAAUUAUUUUCAAAUAAAAUGUAAAUACAAAAUUGACCUGUCCACAAAAUGAAUUGGUGGGCCUGAAGUCAGGCAAUAUAUCCAAUUAAAGUUAGUAAAGUUAGUAAAGAAGCAGCUACAUUGUAUGCAGUCAGAAAUGAAUUAUUAAUUGUAAUAUUUUGACUUCAGUGUCUGGCUGUGUUUCAGUAAUCUGAUAUAUAGUAUAAAAGCUGAAUGAUUCAGUACUGAUCUUUAAUACCAGCUUCCUCACUCUGUGGAGACACUGAUAUUUAUUGUAAUAGACUUGUACAUCUCUUGCUGCUCACACUAGAUGGGUUUGACAUCAUAAGAUGAGCUAACUGCUUGUAUUUUUAAAUGUUGUUCUUUGAAACAUACCACAGUUUGGCUCCUGCUGAAUCCACUAUAAUAUGAUCCAUGAAUACUUAUGAUUAAAUCCUUCACUUUAAUACUGUAACUGAGUAUCGAAUGCUGUGAAAGCUAACCUGAUGGUUUUUCUAUUCAAUAUCUUUGUGACUGGUAUCUGGCUGAUCUCAUGUGGAAAUGGAUGUAACAGGUGCAGUCAAUUGAACUAAUCUCCUUACAACUGUCGUUCUCCAAAGUAUUAACAUAUAGAUAAAGAUUACACAGUUAAUAAUUAUUUCAUCAGGUAGGUCAAUUGAUUUUGUCAUGAUAUUGAGUCUACGGGCCAUCUGAAAUGAGCACCAUGACACAAUGUCCUUGCAUAAUUUCACUCCAAGGUCAUGACAUUAAUCCACAAUUUAAAAUGUUAUCCUUAUGCACAAUAUAAAUAGUGAUGUACUUUUGCUUCCGUUUAGUACAUUAGACCAUCAAAACAGUAAUUGGCGUGAGCAGUGAAUAUCUACCUAAUGUUUCAUCAAAAACAAAUUAGAACAAGUUAUAAAAUCGUAUAGUUCUCUUAGCAAACAACAGGGAUCAAGUAUAAGUUAAACGACAAGUACAGUAAAUUAACUUUUCUUUUUAAGUUGCUUCCCAUCAAAGCUGUUGACUUGUUAACAAUAAUUCCAAGUGUCCGUUACAUUUGGUUCUCGCGAUCCCUGCCUGCACCUGGAAUAAGAAUUACUUCUACCAAUAAUGUUAUUAGCAGCAGGUUACAAGGAUAUUGCAUGUAAUUUAAAAGCACUGAUGUGAAUAUUAAUUUCUAACUUGCUGGUAACCAAUGGAAGACCUAAAUUUGUUGGGGGGGGGGGAAAUCAAUUAAAAAAUAAAGUAGUUUUGGAGAAUGCUGUGCAGGUAAAUAUUCAGUACAAAAGUAAUGUGCUGUUUAGUGUUUCAGUUCUCGUGGGGAUUUGGCAUGGUGGCAUGCAGCACAUUCAUUUUGUAGAACAAGCCAGUCUCGAUUUCAGCUGCUCAUCAAGUAGCUUGUCCAUUGACAUUAGGUAAUUCAUAGCAUUGUGCAGAUUGAACCAAUCAUAUAAUUCAUAUUCACAGAAACCCCAGCUGGCUAUGUAAAAUGUGACAUGUUUCUACUGGUCAAAAAAGUGCAUUGUCCUGCUGGUAGAAUACUGAUCAACACAAUCACUUUCAGAGAUUGACAUAUGUCAUGUUCAUUCAUGCAGGUUUUCCCCCCUAACCUCCGUGUGCUUGCAAAACUUGGUGUGUCCUGAAGUUGCAACAUUUGUGUUCCUUUGCUGCAUUGACGUGCUGUUUAACAAACGGUACAGAAGCAGUGAACAAUGUACGGUAUUUCCAUCGCAAAGACAGUAUUAGUACAGUAUAUGGACUUGGUGUACUGAACAUAUUUUCUCAGCUCAGAGAGUUUUGUAUAGAUUAAAAAGAUCAUUGUAAAUGAAACAUUGUGUGUCAAUUGUGUAAAAAUGAAACUUUCUGUAUUUAAGAUUAAGCAAUACUAAGAUUAUCUACAUGAAUGCUUUCUCAAUCCCUAAAUUAGUGAACAGUGCAAUGUCAACACCACAUUAGGGAUAUGUAAACUAAACUGUAAAUCAUGUGUAUAUUGGGAAAUGUGGGUUAUGUUUUAACUAGGAAAAUUGCUUUGUUUGCAAAUGUGGAGACUUGCUUUCCAUAUGAAGGUUCCUUUCAGACAUGCUUUUGUUUGCACCAUGAGCUCAGGUAGCACAGGUAAAGGUCAUGUAACCUGGGUAUUUCACAAUGCUCCAAGGGACAGAACAGGAAAGUGCACAAUGUAACCUGUUUGUCAUCUCCACAAUGGCAAUAAAUAUAAGGUUUGUUUUGCAUUUCAAA